AUGAAGAGAAGCACAUUUCCAUGCAUUGUCUACAGUAAUUUUGUUAUUCUCUUCCUUUUACUUUCUGCGACUUCAAUAGCCAAAGACUUUACAGAGGAAGAAGGAGAUGUAGACAUCAAAAGAUCCGAUUUUCCAGACGGGUUUCUCUUUGGAGCGUCUACUUCUUCAUACCAAAUUGAAGGAGCAUAUCUUGAAGAUGGUAAAGGUCUUAGUAACUGGGACGUUUUUUGUCGUAUUGAAGGAAUUGAGCCAUUUGUGACCAUUCACCACUUUGACUAUCCUCAAGAACUCGAAGACAGAUAUGGGAGCUGGCUCAGUACCUUAAUGCAGGAUGACUUUGUCCAUUUUGCUGAGACGUGUUUUAAUAAUUUUGGCGAUCAUGUGAAAUAUUGGAGUAGCAUCAACGUUCCCAACUUAUUCGGAAUUCUGGGAUUUGAAAUAGGAACUUUCCCACCUGCUCGUUGUUCGUCGCCUUUUGGCAACUGUCGACAUGGCAAUUCAGAUAUCAAGCCCCUGUUUGCAGUACACAACAUGUUAUUGGCACAUGCCAAAGCUGCUAAACUAUAUCGCACAAAAUUUAAGGCAAAUAUCGACUAUCAUUUAGCUUACGAGAAGCUAAGAAUUGCACUAAGAAACUUACAUCGAUGCAGCAUAAACAAGGAGGUAUGA